AUGGUGCGCGCGUUCGCCGCGGACCCGCCCGGCAAGGGGGGCCUUUUGCGCCACGGCCUCGUGCCCGCCAGCGAGCCCGGCAGCACGGCGGCGGCGACGGUGUGCGCGGCGACCGGCCAUGUCCGCAGCGACAACAGCGCUCAGAGACGGCACACGGGCGUCGAGCCGUUCUCGGCGAAGCCACCAGUGCAGCGGCGCAGGCGCUCCGACGGCAGCUCGCUCGCGGACCGCGUGGUGGUGCCGCCGGAGGCGCUGGCGGAACUGCACCGGCUCCACGACGAGCUCAUGGCGACGCCCACGGCUUCUGAGGACAUUGUGGGCAUCUCGCACGAGAUGCUGCUCAGUUGCUGGGGCCGCGGGGGAUCCUGGCACGUCUGCGCCAGGCUCCCCGAGCCAGGCAUGUUCGAUUUAUUGGUCUACGGGACCGACGUCAUCGAGAGGCCCUUCAACCGGAGGGGCUUCAGGUUGUAUCCCAGCAGCAGCAUCGAUGCGGAGUUCUGGCUGGAUAGAUUGGGCGUGGCGGUCGUAAACAUGAAGGGCUUCAAGGGUCCGUCGGACAUCAAGCUGGGCCAGGAUAACUUCUCCGUGACCAUGCUCGAAAGCGGCUGGCAUUGUUUUUGCUGCGCCGACGGCCAUGGGACCGGCGGGGAUUGGCCUGCGCAGAGGGCUGUGAGUUCGAUGCCGUAUUUCUUACAGACCAAAGGUUGCAGCAUGCUGCUGGGGGUUUUCGACGUGGAGUCCGCCCUGCUGCGUGCCUUCGAAAUGGUGGAGGAUGACCUCGUCGAGAGCUCGAGGGACAGUAGCGUGUCCCUCCAGAGCUGCGGAAGCACCUUCACCUGCGUGAUGCACCGCCCCGGCAGCCCCUCCGUCUGGCUCGCCCACGUGGGCGACUCCCGCGCCACGCUGGUGUCCCGCUGUGGGCGGGGCGCCGGGCUCGAGACCACGGACCACUCUCUGCAGGUGCCCGCGGAGGAGGAGCGCGUGGAGCGCUGCGGGGGCGACAUCGUGCGCUUCGACGUGGAAAUGCCAGGCGAGGUGGAGGCGCGCGUGUACGCCAGGGGCAAGACUUACCCCGGCAUAGCGAUGACCCGGUCGCUGGGCGACCUCUGCGUGAAGGAGUACGGAGUAAUCGCGGAACCUGAGAUUGUGAAGUGGCCUUUAACGAGUGAGGACGAGGCAACUCUGUUGCUGCUGGCCUCCGACGGUAUUUGGAAUGUGUUCAGCAGUGACGAGGCAGCGGAUUUUGUGCGCGAUGGGCUCAAGGAGGGCAAGUCGCGAUGGAUUGUGGCCGUCGAGUUGGCCAAGCUGGCGAAGGAGCGGUGGAUGGAGGGGUGCGGCGACUAUUGCGACGACGUCACGGUGAUGUUGCUCCCGCUCUCAGGUGCGCAAUUCGAGGAGUUGCCACCCGCUAAGCCGCUCGGCACCGUCGGCCUACGGUGGUUGCCGUUUUCCCAUGUCGCAUGUUGUUCUGCUAGGCCGGCGCCGACAAGGUAA